AUGUCCGUCGGAGAAAGCGAUAUUUAUGAAGUCGAAUAUGUAAUCGCAAAAAAGUAUUUUAGAGGAAAGGCAAUGUUUUUGGUGAAAUGGAAAGGCUAUGAUGACAGUAAAAACACAUGGGAGCCAUACGAAAAUGUGACAUUGGAUGGUCAAACGAGCAUUAUUGACGAGUUUGAGGACAGAAGAAAGGAGGUUCAAUCUAGGCUGAAAUCUAUUUUGCAUGAUGUGGAGCAACAAACACAAUUAAGAGCACAGAUGGCUGCAACAAGCUCUUCGGAACCUCUUAAAAUCAACAAGAAACGAAUAAUUGAUGACGAUUCUGACUCGGAAGGAAAAGAAAAUGUAGAAAAUGUGAAAAAUAGUACGACUUUGAAAUGUAGUGAUAUUCCUACUAGUAAUGACAAUUCGGAGGAAACAAGCUCAACGAAAAAGAGAAAAUUAGUUUUAGAUGAUGAUGAGGAUGAUAAGUUAAGCUAUAAUACAGAUGAGUUCAAAGCAAAACCAACACACAUAACAGCCAAAUUUAUUUCCAGUCUUGACACCAAUCCCCUCUCUAAGGUGCCAAAGAAGAAUCCCAAUGAGAUUAAUGGUGUUAGCCAACCUCCUUUCAGAAUUCAGAAAAAAAAAAUUUUACCACCCUCUUCGUCCAGCGCAACUAGUUAUACCCCUUCCCUUAAUUCAGGAUCUAGUUCUCAAAAUUUACCACCGUUGCACUCUUCCCCACUCACACCACAGCGUCCAUCAUCAUCCAUUCCUUCUGCACAACUCUUAGAGCAACGAACAGGUAUUUCUUCAACGGCAGAUAAUACCCUUAUUGUAAAUAGAUCAUUGUCACAUUCUCCUCCUACAGAUCCAAGAUUAAGAUUAUUACCAAAACCUGAACAGUCAGCCACUGCUUCAUCAUCGUCAAGUGGUGUAUCGAAUGUAACUCCCUCAACAAGUAUAUUCACACAGCCACCUCAAGUAAUCAAUCACAAUGGCACUCAAGACGCUGUACCUAGUAAUCAGAAAUCACUUUCUACUCCAGUAUCCACCAACCAAACCAACACAGCUGCACUUGGAGGAAUUUCCGCCUUUUUAUCCAAACAUACAGAUGACGAAAGGUUCUCAAAAUUCAAAAGGAAAAGAAAUGCGCCUGCUCAACUACAAAUUAACACAACCAAAGAACAUGGCGUGGCUGGUGGAAUCUCCACAACAGGGCCUGUUUCCCCCAGUGACUUGGCAAGACGAACUGGUUCAGGGAUUUCCUCAUUUUCCAAUUCUACUAACACAAAUCCUCAACACCUCCAAAGCUCUACAAGACCAAUAUCUGGUCCCGUCUCUCCAAGUGAUCUAAAUCGAUCCAGUUCGAUAAGCAAAUCAAAUUCAGAAAAGCCACCCUCAAUAACACCUCCAUCAUCGUCAUCUCUGCAAUCACCUCAUCCAUUUAACAAACCUCCAUCAUCCUUUCGAACCGGUCCAGUAUCUCCAAGUGAUACAAGAUAUCAACCUACACAAAGAAUACCAAGUGGUAACAAGAUUGUUGGACCAAUUUCUCCUACCAAUCCUAUGAGAUCAGCCAAAUUGUUUUCUCAAACACCAUCUUCAACAAUACCUUCUUCAGCUCCUAUCAACGAUACAAGGAGGCUUGGAAAUUAUGCCAGCAACAGCUCAGUUCCUUCCAACAAACCGGUCACAACAUCGAUCGAUGCGAGCAAAGAAAGACCACCCUUUUUUUCUGAAAAACCAAUGCACACCAAGUCGAAUGCAGAAAGACCACUGAGUACUAGUAACGGACCAAUUUCUCCAAGUUCCAUUCCAACCACAACCCCAUUUAAACCUCCAUCCUCCAGGCCGUUGGUUGCAGGUCCUAUUUCUCCAAGUGAUCCAAAUCGAUCCAGUUCGAUAAGCAAAUCAAAUUCAGAAAAACCACCCUCAACAACACCUCCAUCAUCUUCAUAUCAACAAUUACCUCAGCCAUUCAACAAACCUCCAUCAUCCUUUCGAACCGGUCCAGUAUCUCCAAGUGAUGCAAGACGACAAGAAGAUCGUUCACAGAGGAAAGAAUACGACAGAAAGUAUGAUAAUUCUAGGUAUUCAAGCAGCAGUUAUCAUUUGGAAAGUUGGGGAGAAUAUUCAUACAGUAGGCCUUCAAGCAGCAGAUCAUCGUACUAUGACAGACAGUAUUCAACAGAUCGAUAUAAUAGCCCAUCUUUUUCUGGCGACAGAAGAAAUAAUGAUCCAAAUGAUAGCUACUCCAAGAGCAGCUACAGGACAAGCAGCUCAGAUGCUGAAAGAAGUCAAAGCUCUAGCGUUCCAACUCUCACAAAUUCUCCAUCCAGCUCUGCGAGCAGCCUUGAUUCAGUAAGAUCUAACGAAACAGAGACUGCUGUGCAUGUAGUGGAAUCAGACUUGGAGUUGACUGACGGUGUAAACUUGAAACUUAGUAAUUUACACAUUCAAGCAUUUGUGAAGGGAGUUAAAGACCCAAAAUUCCCUGUCAUCGUUAAUGUUGAUGGCACUGCAAAAUGGGACUUUGAGAAUCACGGUAAAAAUGCAAUCAAAUGUCUCAUCACUAGCCAAGAACCCAAUGAUCUACCCUCAAUGGACAAGCAAGCAUCAAAUUUGAAAAAGGAUAAGAAUGCAUUUCGGGCCAAGUGGGAUAUUGAUGGAAGAAGGUAUAAACUAUUCAUUUAUCCUUCAUGCAGAGAGGUCAGAAGUGCAUUCUCAAUCAAUCCACCUGACUUUCCACUUAUCAGAGAAGCUCAUUUUGUAGCGUUACUUCAUUGCAAGACUGUAAAGUGA